UCAUCGUAAACGCAACCCUGGGUUUUAGCUAGCUAGCCAAUUUUGACAAAGAUGGUUGUCAGUAGAAGUCCCCGUCACGACGAGUAAUAUUAGUGUCGGUAACGUUUAAUACUCAGCACGAGGGAUAGGGUCUCCUAUCCUAAAUAUCUGAUGUGUUAUGGCUGAAGUGGAUGAUAUUGAAAUUACAGACGUCGACGAUGACAUGUCUUAUGAAGUGGAGAAGGGGCCCAUUAAGAACCAGGAUCUAACUUCCGUGAGCAUAAUCGUCGGAGAGAUUCUUUCCCAGUAUGGGUGGUACAUGCUGGUUUUGACAGUGUUGGUCUACCUCCUCAUCCAGUACCUCAGCAAGAAGAGGUCCAGCCAGAGCCCACCCCCACAAACAGAACAAGAUGCUGUGCUCGUGGCGAGAAAACAACUGGCCAUGGAAGCAUCUCGGAAAAGGAUGCAGGAGGAGCUCGAUGCCAAAGCAGCCAUCUUCAGAGAGAAACAGAGAGAGCAAGAAGAAGAGAAGAGGAGGCAGAAAAUAGAGAUAUGGGAGAGUAUGCAACUGGGAAAGAGUUACAAGGGAGCUGCAAAAGCUGCUCAAGCAACUGAGGAGGCCAGCUCAUCACAAACUGUGCUCAAAUCAAAGACGGACAAGAAGUCACUUCGCGGUUCAGACUACAAUCCCCUGAAUGGACAGGGAGGAGGAACCUGCUCCUGGAGACCAGGCAGGAGAGGGCCGUCAUCUGGUGGAUGAGGUUAAAGAAAGUCAGUGACAUUGGUUUAUGACCUUUGACCUCUGACAUUCUGAGAUGCUCACUGACUGACGGAACCAAGCUGACAAUGUCAUCAACGCCAAACUUUAUUCCGAUUUAUGUUUAACUUGCUUCAUACUUGAUGUCAAUCAGUUAGCACCAUUUUAUAGCAUAUACCAGAUUUCCUGUUUGAGUCUUAUCAUUCUUUGCUGCUUUGUUAAACCACAGAUUAUAUGACUAACAUAAGUCAUGCUGUUUAGGGGUUUCUAUAUUUUGGCAUUGAAAGCUUGUAAUGAAGCCACUUCUGUAAAUGGUGUGUAACCAGCAGGAUUGGCUGAUAUUUCACAGUCAGUGUGUUUUUUUUUUGUUUUUUUUUCUGAUAUAUUAUUUUGUGUUUGUCAGUGUGUACCACCCAUCGCUUUAGGGCUGUUAUGAUAACAGCAGCUAUAACUGGUAUCACAAUAAAUGAUAACAAACAUUUUAAACAAUCAACAUGAAUGUUUGUUCUGUUCCACGCAUUUUUUUGCAAUAAAGACAUGGUCACCAGAUGUA